AUGGCCUCUGGCACAGCCCCCCAACUCCUGGCCCUCAGCCUGCUGGUUCUCUGGACUUCCCCAGCACCAGCUCUGGGUGGUGCUAACGAUGCCGAAGACUGCUGCCUGUCUGUGACCCAGCGCCCCAUCCCCUCGAACAUCGUGAGAUCCUUCCGCUACCUCCUCAUCACCGAUGGUUGCCAAGUGCCUGCCGUGGUGUUCACCACCCUGAGGGGGUUCCAGCUCUGUGCACCCCCAAACAAGCCCUGGGUGAGCCGCAUCAUUCGGAGACUGGAGAGGAUCUCCACCAAGGGCAAGUAG